CCAUCGACAACGUACGUAGACACGGCAAGACAGCCGUUUGGUAGCACCCAACGCUCAAACUUUGACAUCGAAUCCAUCGCCGGUUUUGCCCUUGGCCGUUGCUUAGGUCGACAGUAGCCCAGAUUACAUUGACGCCACUGGAUUCUUACCAUCUGCAAGCGGCGGCAUCCUUUGGCCUCCACCCCCUUCCUCAGGAUCCCGUUCCGCCGUCCGUGCUGCCAUCUCGAUCCUCGCCAAACCCCCACUUCGCCCCGAGCCAAAACAGCAGCCGCAACAGCAACAGCAACAGCAGCAGCAAUCAUGGCACCCAAGGCCAUCAUCGCACCCUCCAUCCUGUCGGCUGACUUUGGCAACCUGGGCGAGGAAUGCUCCAGGACCAUCAGCCAGGGGGCCGAUUGGCUCCAUGUAGACAUCAUGGACGGCCACUUUGUGCCCAACAUAACAUUCGGACCCCCAGUGGUAGCCAAGAUCCGGCGGCACGUUGAUCAGCCCUCAGCCCCCCAGGGCCGGGGCACCUUCGACUGCCACAUGAUGAUCGCGGAGCCCAAGAAAUGGGUCAAGGAGUUCAAGGCGGCCGGUUGCGACCUGUACUGCUUCCACUACGAGGCCGCCUUCAGCUCCGCCGCCGAGGCGCCCACCGAGGAGUCGGAGCUAAAGACGAGCCCGCGCGAGCUGAUUCGCUACAUCCACGACCAGGGGCUGCUGGCCGGCAUCGCGCUGAAGCCGGCCACACCCGUUGACGUGCUGUAUGAGAUACUCGACUGUUCCCUGGACAAGGAGCGGCCCGACAUGGUCCUCAUCAUGACGGUCGAGCCGGGCUUCGGUGGCCAGAAGUUCAUGGCCAGCGAGCUGCCCAAGGUCCAAGCCCUGCGCGAGCGCUACCCGGAGCUCAACAUUGAGGUCGACGGUGGCCUGGGGCCCGGAACCAUCGACCAGGCCGCCGACGCGGGCGCCAACGUCAUUGUGGCCGGCAGCGCCGUCUUCGGCGCCAAGGACCCAAGCGAUGUCAUCAAGGUCCUGCGGGACGCGGUUGAGAAGCGGUCCGAAAAGUUGUAAUUCGCGGUUCUGUGCAUCGUGUCUUGGGCAUAGAUAGCCCUCAAAAAGAAACUACCUGCACGAUGCAAGAGUCCGGUCGGAGCAUGUGGUAAAGGGCACGAGAAAAAACAAGGGGUGUGCACCUUGGUCUAGAUGCUAAAUAGACCGGGCGCAGAAUUAGCACAUGUGGCGUGGCAUUCACGAUCUAAAAAUCGCCGUUGCCAAAACUCCUCCCGUUUCUCCCGUUUCCUUUCUUUUUUUUUUUACCUGCUUCCCCUUCGACGGACUCUUCUUCCUGGAACCUUGUGUUGCACUUAACCUCUGCUCAACGCGUCUUCCAAAGGCUAGUGAGUUCAAGGGUGGAGCAAGGGUAACGUAAGGGGCACAACGCCACUGUCUGAUCGCGCCCUCCCCAGAUGAGGGUGUUCAUCGACAUCAUGUGUACCUAGGUACCUAGAUACCCAGGUAGGGAGGGAAACGGCAGGUGCAUGACUACCUGCAUAUCCCCUUCCUCCAAUAUAAUCAUGACCGUGG